CGAUUUACUCUGUCUCUGUCUUUCCCCAGAUGAAACAAACUAAUGUUCGUGUAAUCAAAAGUCUAGAUUUGAAGGCGCCCAAGGCUAAACUUUUGGGUUCAGGAGCCAAUGGAGGAGCUUGCGGAAAACCGUACGGCAUCAAAGAUAAAGGCAUCUGUCUUUGGGCUGGGACGAAUUCAAAAUCGGAGAUACCUAAAGGACUCGAUUCUGGUUGGGUUACCGGAGGGUCUAAGCAAAACUGUGGCAAGAAAGUUUCUGCCACAAGUGUUAAAGGUCGCACAUCCGAAGGCACAGUCCUCGAUGUUUGUACUUUCGAUGAAGCCGGCCGCAAACUUUCCGUCGAAGUAGGUUGUUCGAUGAUGUAUGUCUCACUUGCUGUGAGUAUAUUGCGUACAAUUUCGAUAUUUUACCCUUUAUUUUGGUUCACAACAAGAAUGCUCAUUCAUCCCCAUUGAAUUAGA